CGCAGCAUGGAGGACGGUUCCUUGGAUCUUGUCCAGAGUAUUGAGGAAGACCCCCUUCUGGACACCCAGCAUCUUGCACAUCACUCAUUACAAGCUCAUUUCAGGCCCAGAUUCCACCUUCUUCCUACAGUCAUCAUAGCAAGUCUUCUCUUGCUGAUACAUGUUGUGUUUGUUAUUUUAGCAUUUUUAACAGGUGUGCUUUGUUCAUACCCCAAUCCAAUUGAGGACAAGUGCCCAGGAAACUAUACCAUCCCAGUGAAAGUUCAGACGGUCAUAAUCCUCAGAAAAGUUAUUUUGUGGAUUCUGCAUUUUCUUCUUGAAUGAUAUAUCCAGUAUCACCACAGCAAAGUGAGAAACCGAGGCUAUAACAAGAUCUACCGGUCCACGAGGCAUCUUAAAAGCCUUGCGCUGAUGAUACACUCUACUGGCAGCACGGCACUCCUCCUCCUGCUCUGCCUGAAGCACUCCUUCCCAGAGCCCAGCACGCUGUACCUGGACCUCAUUCUGGCCACGCUGGCCCUGGAGCUGGUCUGUUCCCUGAUGUGCCUGCUCAUGUACACAGUGAAAAUUCGAAAAUUUAAUAAAGCCAAGCCACAGCCUGAUGUACUUGAAGAAGAGAAACUCUAUGCUUACCCCAUCAAUAUUACUUCGGAGACUGGAUUCAGGACUCUCUCGAGCCUGGAAGACGUGGUGGAGAAGCAGGGAGACAUCAUAGUGUACCUAAGACGGCACAACACCCUGCUUAGCCACCGGCUGCUGGCCUUCGCGUCCUCGGACCUCAGCUCUCAGCCAAGUGGGGUUUGACAGCAAUUUGAGAGGAGCCACAGUAAUUUGAGACUGACUGACUGCCUGACAAGCUGUUGUAGGGAACUGAGCUUUGCCAAGUAACAUUCUAUGAUUUCUGUUGGAAACCCGAAUUUGGUUCUCACCUGUGUGGCUGUUUAAUAAGUAGGACUCGUGGAUGGUUUGAAAGGCACUUUGUAGCGCCUUGAUAACUCAAGGGGAAUGUCUGUUUUGCACAUUUUGAAAUUAUUUAACUGCCUGGUUUAUUUUAGGAUCCAAGGUAUAGUUUAAACAUCUCCUUGGGAGGCAGUUCUUCUGUACUCAUUGGAACCUGGUAAUAAUUUGGCUUUUUAUAGAGGAAGUCUGACAUGACAACCUGUUUAAAACUGGGCUUUUGAGUUUUUCCCACUUUUAUACUGGUGAGAGAAGUCAUCAUUUCUCAUGGUUAGUUUUUUCCCACGGAGCCUUGUGUAUUUUAUAUCCUUGUGUGAUAUUGGAUGGCCUUGGCACUUACAGCUUUUAUAAACAUUCCUCACUUUAGGACCAAGGUCCCACUACGUGAUUUACUUUGCAACCCCUACAUGUUUCCAUUCUCCAAAAAGAAGAUUUGAAGAUUACCUGGGCCAGUGUUAGGCCUCCCAGUGCUGCCAGUGACAGCAGCUGAAAUAGUUCGAGAAGACUCCAGCUUUCUCUUUAUUGUGGCCCUUCUUUCAGAGGUUGCUG